AUGGCGAAGCGCAAGUCGAUGAGCUCGAAGAUGGCGUCCCGGAAGAAGCCGGCGCCGAAGCUGGAGACCACCUUCUGCUGCCCCUUCUGCAACCACCCCGGCGGCGUGUCCUGCACCAUCGACCUCAAGCUCUUCGUCGCCAGCGCCGUCUGCUACGUCUGCCAGGAGGCCUACCACACCGCGGCGCACCACCUCACCGAGCCCGUCGACAUCUACCACGACUGGAUCGACGCCUGCGAGAAGGCCAACCAAGGCGUCGACGCCGGGGACUGCUGUUUCAAACGACAGCGGCGAGUCGGCAGCGGCGACGACGACAGCGAUGCCUGA